AUGGCAUCAUCUCAAAACAAGCUCCCCGAGUCGUAUGCCUCGUUGAACUACGAUGGCCUGCUCGUCUCCCACGUCCCAGCGAGUUCGUCAUCCGUCACAAAGGUCAUUAUGAUCACCCUAAACCGGCCUAAAAAGUACAAUGCCAUGAAGGGAGAUAUGUUCACCGGCCUCGAGGUGAUCUUCAACACCGUCAGCGAGGACCCGAGAGUUCUCGCAGUCGUCAUCACAGGGGCAGGCAAGGCGUUCUCCGGAGGCGCGGACCUAGAUGUUGGGUUUAUGGGCAUGGUAGCUCUGAAGGAGACGGAGGAAUCAAUGAGGGAUUUCCGGGAUUGGGGCGGACGCGUCGCGCUGGCAAUCUCAAACUGCAAGAAACCCACCAUCGCCGCCAUCAACGGUCCGGCCGCCGGCGUGGGUCUGACAAUGGUUCUCCCGGCCACCAUCCGGGUAGCCUACGAGGGCGCCCGGUGCGGCUUCCCCUUCUCCCGGCGCGGCCUCGUCCUCGAAUCCUGCAGCGCCUUCUUCCUCCCGCGUCUCAUAGGCCUAUCGCGCGCCAACCACGUCGUGGCGACGGGGGACAUGUACGCCGUCACGGACCCGCUGGUCAGCGGACUGUUUUCAAAGUUUUUGCCCUCGCCGGGGGAGACGGUGGAGUACGCGGUCCAAGUCGCAGAGGACCUGGCGGAGAAUACGUCGUUGGUGAGUACCAAGUUGAUGAGGGAUAUGAUGGUGUAUUGUCCGGCUUCGCCUGAGGGGGCGCACGUGUUGGAUUCGAGGGUGUUUGUGCAGCUUGCUGGGACGGAGGAUAAUGUUGAGGGGGUGAAGAGUUUCUUGGAGAGGAGGAAGCCCAGGUUUACGGGGUCUGUUGAUCGGAAGAGUGUUCCGUUUUGGCCUUGGUGGGAUAGGGAUGAUGGGAGGUUUGUGAGGCAGUUGCAGAAGGCUGCUAAGCUUUGA